GUCCAUAAAUAAAAAGCUUCUUUCUUCUUCCCUUCAUGGGCAUGAAGGCCUAGCGUAGAGAUGAGCCCGCAACAAGGAUCAGAAGCCGAGACCCUAGUGGAAGUGGCGUUAAGGGUACUUAACACGCCGGACCCUUUUGAGAAGGCCAGGCUAAGUGACUCCGUAGCUUGCCAAUGGCUGCAAGGGACCAUUUCCCAGCCCUAUCUCCCUUCCCUGGACCUCCCCGUGCCUGAUCGGCCGGCCCGUCUCACCAACGUUAAGUUGAUGGCACCAGGUUUAAUGCCAAAGCUACGAAAAGCUGGUAGCUUGCAGAGCAGGCAGGCCAUUGUGCAUAGCCUUGUUCACACUGAGAGUUGGGCUAUUGACUUGUCUUGGGAUAUAAUUGCUCGUUUUGGUAAGCAAGAGGCAAUGCCUAGAGACUUCUUUACAGAUUUUGUGAAGGUUGCUCAAGAUGAGGCCAGACACUUCACUCUGCUUGCAAAACGGCUUGAGGAGCUAGGUUCUUUUUAUGGAGCAUUACCAGCUCAUGAUGGCCUAUGGGAUUCGGCCAUUGCUACGUCUAAGGACCUAUUGGCACGUUUAGCAAUUGAGCAUUGUGUCCAUGAGGCCAGGGGACUUGAUGUGCUGCCCACAACUAUCUCUCGGUUCCGCAAUGGAGGUGACAAUGAAACAGCUGAUUUAUUGGACAGAGUGGUGUAUCCAGAAGAGAUUACCCACUGUGCUGCUGGAAUCAGGUGGUUUAAGUAUCUAUGCUUGAAGUCUAAACAUUGCAGUUUCGAGCAAAGCUUGAGUUCUCAAGAAAGUGGAGAGGCAGAAAGUGAAAUUACUGAGGAGAAUGAAGAGAUUGUUCAGAAGUUUCAUGCUAUAGUGAGAACACACUUCAGAGGACCAUUAAAACCACCUUUUAAUGAGGAAGCAAGGAAAGCUGCUGGGUUUGGCCCUCAAUGGUAUGAACCACUUGCUGUCAAAGAGGUCAAUCCAGUAUGCCAACAGAAACUCAAUUUAGGAAGCAGUAUUAUAUAAGCGUGAGGAUAACCAAUUUUUUUCCCCAUAGGUAUAUUAUUACUUAUGGAAAAACAUGCUAUUUUCGAAUUAUGCCCUAUGUGAGGUUUAAAAGCACAUUGAGAUGGAAAAUUGAAUUGGCAAUUGCUGCAAUUAUGCUAACUUAAUGCAUUUGUUUUCAAAAA